AAAGAGGUCGUGUAUCCUGGAUCCUCCAGGAAAAUCCCCCAAACUCAGAACUAGGAGCAACUGAUGAAACAGGAAUGACUGUUUAGUACAAGGUUGUACGUCCGUACCGUCACCGUCCAGCCUGCACGGACCCCAGCGUGGAGCUGCCAUCAGUUUCUUAAUUGUGAGGAGUCGCGAGGUUUCAACCUGCUCUCUGAAUCUGAAGCCACGCAGAAUCGGGACUCCUAUCUGAGGUGAUGGGGGAGAAAGCGCUUUAAAUAAAACUCAGAGAUAAACCGUAAUGCAUCCCCCUGUGUCCUGUUAGAACAUCAGCCACAGCUGCAUGCACAGUCACAUGAAGGCAGUGUGACUGACGGAAUCAAGAUUUAAACAUCAUGCUAAAACAAGACGGUUCUGUCCAUUUGGCCGGUUGCUGGUCCUUCUAAGCUCAGAGCCACAUCUGUCUGGCUUUGUGGAAGCUCCAGACCGAUUGGGGUACUGAGGGAAGACUGAGAAAAGGAAGUUGGGCACUCUGGGAUCUGAGUCAAUGAGCUGUUGGACAAUACAAGAACAGAGACUUGAUUAAAAUGGGGCUGCAAAUUUUACUCCCUGCUGACUGUGUGUCUGAGGACCUCUCACUCUACCCAAAGCCAUGCCAGACGUGAAGCCUCCCCCAUCAUGUGACUACUCUUCAGCUUCCUCUGCUGCACUCUCUGCCGGCUCUCCUGCUGGCUGCAACUCCCCCUUCGACCUUGUCAUAGACAUGGAGCCCUGCAUUGCUAACCUCCCUCUGUCGCCGGACCCCUUGUCUUCCUUCCCGCGACACAGACUCAGCGUCCCUCAUUAUCCGGGCAUCCCGGGACCUCCCUACCCGCUCAUGGCCAGGUGCAACAGCAGCACACUACUCACCAACUUAGGGCUGAGGUAUUGUUCCAGCAGGCAGGGCCCUCUUGGAACAGAGCCAGGACAGGGGCUGGCCCCAGGCUCCUUCAUCCACACUGGAAAUAACAGCAGCAGGCCUUACAGGAGUAUGGAGAACUUGAACUGGAACUCUAUGACAGAUUCUGGCUUGUGCACAUUCAGUGAUGCUCCUUGCAGGAGCGUAGAUAGUGAGUUUAUUUUACGGUAUACUUCCUCUAGCCACUGGUAUGAUGGACCUCCAGAUGGAUCUGUACUGGGGGCCCAUGGGCUAGUACCCAAUCCAGAAAGCUUGGCAUUUUACCCUCGUCAUGGGCCGCCCAGGAAAGACCUGCCGCUCUUCCCUCAGUUGUUGUUUCCAGGUGGUGUUGACGAAUGGGAUGCAAGGAAGGGCCUAAGGGAGAAACUCCGCCUCCACAUUGCAAAGUCAUCUGUUGAGCCUGUCAGGCCCCUUCCAUUGCGGCCUCAGAUGGCCCCAAAUGUCACACCUGCUGAACAGGAAGCUGUACAUCUAAGGAGUUCAACAAGUAUUGGCUCCAGACCGCUGUGCACAAUGCGCACAUCACCAGAAGAGAUCAAGCAAGAGGUCUUGAGGCGUUUACAACUCCGGCGGCAGAACAGUAGCCCCAACUUGGCUGUCCACAACUCUCCAUCCAGCCCAAAAGCAGUUAAGACAUCCUACACAACAGACAACAUUGCAGGAAACAGGAGUGGAACAGAUUCUGCAUGUGAGCGUCGGAGACCUCCAGUGGGACGUAUACAUAUCCCUACGUUUGAGGAGUUCAAGAGGAUGAGGCAGAGGGAAGGGAUGCUGAGCUCUGAUUCCACAGCAGGCUCUGUAGUAUCUGUAAAACAUGACCUGCCACAGGAUAACAGAAGUUCAGACAGCAAAAUAAUCACUUCUGAUCAGUCUGACUCUCAGUUGGGUUCUAGUGGAGAAAAGAGAGAGAAUCCUGAAGAGGUGGCGAGUGAUAAAGGCCUGCAGACCAUCACCUCCUCAGACCAACUUGCUUUCAUCACCGUAACCAAUAACUACACCACAGCAACCACUUUGUCCUCCAGUUCUGUCACCAGCACAUACUCUCCAAUCCGCACAGGCCCGUCUCCACGUUCACCCCUGCAGCCUCAGGUCAGCUCAACCCAGGACAAAGCCACUGUUGUAGGAGGUGAUGGAAGUGGCAGGCGUCGGAGGAGCAGUCUGGAACCAGCUGGGUCGGUUCCCCUCCCACCCGGCAAAAAGAACUGGGAACAUCCCUCCAGCUGCUGCCCGGCACUCCUUUUGGAAGGGACAGACCUGUCCAGCUACGGAGCCAAGAUCUAUAAGAUGAAGGAUGGGCUCAUUGGAUCUGCACUGGACCUUAUCAAAAAGAGCUGCAGUGCAGAGAUCUCAGCUGAGGCCCCCGUCAGGCUGUCAGGUGACCGGGACGGAGGCUGUGACAUCACCACCUCCUCCACCGACUGUCAGCCCUCCGCCGUUGCCAUGGCAACGUCGGCAACGGCCUGCAGAGCCGAGGCUGGCAACGAGGCGCCUGCAGGAGAAGGAGGAGGAGGAUCAGAGGAAGCAGGAGAAUGCCACACCAGCCUGGGCUGCAGGCGCUCCAGCUCGGACGCAGCCUAUGAGCCAGCUAAGACGGUGAGGGCGCAGCGUGAGUGCCGCCUCCGGCCCCACUACAGUGACCCCAUGCCAGCGGACGCCUCCAAGCGCAAGCAGCUGGAAAUGAAGAUCGCUGCCGCUGCCCGACUGCACAGCCACCGUCGAGACCGUGAUCGAGACAGAGACAGUGCACCAGCAGCACUCCGUGGCCACUCAGAACCCCCUGGUGAGGAGCGGCAGUCGAUUCUGGGGGUGACUCGCUCCGGGCAGCAUCGCUGGAGCACCAUCAGCAGCCUGAGUGCAGAUAGCGGCGUGGUGGGCCUCAGCGAUGAGCGGGAGGAGGAGGACAGCGAGCCCCGGCGUCAUCGCAGAACUCGAGGAGCUGAGGUGGAACGAGUGGACAGUGGAAUUGGUCCGGGUCUGUCCCGCACCUGGAAGAGACCAUCCACCUCUCUCAGAGUCUGGGAAGCCCAGAGACCGUGUCCAGACUGUGGUCUGAGGGACGGGGCCUGUAAAGAGCGAGGAGAGCGAAUGUGUGAACGUUGCUCCAAGCUGCGUACUGAGCGUAAGGAAGCCAUCCUGGAGUUUCUGAACACGGAGUCAAGCUAUGGGGAGGACCUUCGGAUCAUCAAAGACGAGUUUUAUAGCCCCAUGCAGAGUGCUGGGCUGCUGACAGCUGAGCAGCUCACUGUGGUGUUCAGUAAUGUUCAAGAGCUUAUCGAUGUCAACGACCGCUUCACUGAACACCUGCAGGACAGCAUCGAUCAGGCUUUUGACCAGGGUGAUGAUGACCUGCUGACAGUGUACAUUGGAGAGAUCUUUCUGGAGUUCGUCAACAUGCUGCCUGCUUUCCAGACAUACUGCCUGCAGCAGUCCACCUCAGUCAACAUGCUAAACAUGCUGGAGAAGGAGAAAGAACUGCUCAGAAUCUUCCUGGACGUUUCCCAGAAUGACAACACUGCACUGCGUCGCAUGAACCUGCGCUCCUUCCUCAUGGCGCCCCUCCAACGCGUGACUAAAUACCCACUUUUAUUAAGCCGUAUCAUUAAGGUCACUCCUGAAUGUCAUCCCGACUACGCACGUCUCCGUGAGGCCAAGAGUCGGGUGGAAUCCCAUCUGGAACACAUUAAUAUGAAGACCAAACAGGAGGGCAAUGGUGUUACCUGGUCUCUGCGCUCAUUCCGUCGUGACAGCCGCAAGAACCGGGAGGUCAUCAAUAUUGAGAUGCGAGAGGUAUCAAUGAAGACGGUGGGCUGGGCAAGAGAAAACACACGAUUCGUCAUGGAAGGACCGCUCCAGCUGUCCCAGCCGGCAGAUGGUCAGUGGGUGAAAAAGGGCAGCAAGGCCCUCAAGUUUCAAAACGUGCAAAGCCUGCUGAUGGUGAGGACACAGCGAGUUGGCGAGGCCUCGUGUCAAGGCUCCGAUCUUGGCGCUCGGGGGGAUCAGGGGGAAGGGGUUGGAGAGAGCAUUCGAGAUGGAGUUCUGGUUCUCAUCAAGGACAAGAGCAGCGGGAAGUUCACUGUGCUGAGAGAGCCCAUCCGUCUGGGAAACUGCGUUGUGUCCACAGAUCCGGACUCUGAGGACACUUUCGAGGUUCUCGAUAUCCGGCGGGAAUCAUUUGUUUUCCGUGCCUCGGACAAAUCUCGUACCCAGCAGUGGUUCCAUCAGAUUAAGAGAUAUGCUCGAGACUUGGGCACCUGGAGGAAAAGGCGUAACGCUUUGCCUAACAUCAUGAUCAACACAAACCAGACACGCUCCUGAGACUGGCCUUCUCACAUCUUUGUUACACUGUAAAUAACCCGAGCCCUACUGCAGAAAUAAGCAGAAAUCAUCAAACAGUUCCCGAGUUAAACCACUGGUCCGUUAUGUUAGAUUUCAGAAAACACCAACAGAAUCUGUCUCACAGUCUUGUGAGAAAAACAAAGCACUUUUUUUCUUACAAAGUUGUCAGUGCCCCAUAAAACUAUGUAUGUAGUUUUAAUUUUAAGCAGUUGCAUAAAAAAUAAUAUUACCAGAAAUACCAGAUACUUGGACUACCAAAAAAAAGUUGGGCUGUGCUAGUCAGCCUUGAUUGUAAAGACUGUUUACUUUUGAAGAAACAGUGUUUUCAGUACCUAAGGUGUGUCUGAUAAGAACGCAUGACUGAACAUGACUGACUGCGAAAAGAAAAAUGGUAAUUUAUCGUUUUUUCUUUCUUUUUACACAAGUGGGGAUUAAAAUAAUUUGUUUCUGGUAUGAGAAGGUGCAAACGUUUUAAUUUUUUGUUCAGUGAUUGUUUUGUUGUCACUGCCCUUUCCUGUUUGUGUGCUGCCCUCUAGUGUUUGUUGGCAGCAUAGCAACUUUCACUGCCAGAUAUGCAGCUGAGCAGAGCCUCUCCAACAGGCUGAACAGACCUCCAGUGUCACUGUGUUUAAAUAAAUUUAAAAAAGAAGAAGAACAGCAAUAAUCUCUGCCAGUCUAAUAAGAAGUAGCUACUGUAUAUGCAUUUAAUUUCACAGAAAUUUCCUUUGGUGUUAUUCCUGCUUUACUGUUAUUACACUAUUAAAGCGUCCCUUCAGCACCCUGAGGAAGUCUCUGGUUUGGUCGUUUAAACUGAGAUUAUCUUGGUGCCAUGAA